AUGUUACCUUGCCACGCCUCAGCAUCGCCGCUGUCCCCUCAGUUGUCGUCUCUCGGGACUCCGCGAAUCGGGCCAUCGAUCAAGGUGUGGGACCCGUACCAUGUAUUGUCUCCGCAAUUCCCACGGAGUUUCUCGUCGGAAGGGGUGGACGAGGAUCGGACGGUGACGGAGGUGUAUUUGAUUUGUCACGGGGAGUGCCACAUGAAUCUGAGGCCUGAUUUGAUUGCUGGGAGGUGCCCUGAAUCGGCACUGACGCCGAAUGGGAAGAGGCAAGCGAGAGCUUUGGCGGUUUUCUUGAAGUCACAAGGAGUUAUAUUCAACAAUGUUUAUACCUCGCCAUUGGAUCGGGCUCGAGCAACUGCUAUUUCUGUAUGCCAGGAGAUGGAUUUUUCGGAGGAACAGAUACAAUCCUCAGAUGCACUUGUUGAGCUGAGUCAGGGGCAUUGGGAGGGUUGCCACCGUUCAGAAAUUUACACACCUGAAAUUUUGAGCUUAAUGGACAGAUUGCAACCUGAUUUCUCUGCUCCAUCAGGAGAAUCCCUGAGACAGGUAGAAUUCCGAAUGGUUCAGUUCCUAAACGGAACAGUUAUGGGAUUGCCAGAAAAACUGAGAACUGAUUUCUCCAUACCAGAUCCUAACGAGAGCCAGGGUUUUACACACCGAAUUUCUCACACCCAUACAAACUCGAUUCAUGACAGGGAUGGACAGUCUCUCCCAGCCCAUUGGGAUCUGCUUCACAGGCACCGGCAAGGAAUUCCUAGGAAAAAAUCUGGUAAGAGCAAGCUGCAGUUCAUGAGUACAACUGGAGAUCAUGAGGCUGAUGACGAAAUGUCCCCUCGGGAACCUUCUAACCAAGGCUCCAUUCAUGAAAUAAAUGUCAGGAGAGCCUCUUCCUUUGUCUCCUCGUUUAUUGGUGUGUUCACUCACUCGGUGCCAAUUAAGUGUCUUCUCACUGGCCUCCUUGGUUGCAGCCCUGUGGUCUCGCAUAAGAUUUGCAUAGAAGAUUCUUCGGUGACAGUGUUGCAACAUUCAUGGAAAAUGGGUUGGCAGAUAAAGAGAUUGAAUGAUACUUCACACCUUAGGCUUCUCUAG